AUGGCCUCGGAAGAUACACAGAACCAGAAAGGUAGAAGCCUACCUCAUUUUCUUCCAGGAAUUCCAGACACAGACCAAAGCUGUAUCAUCCCUUCUUCCAAUCCCGGGAGCCAAGUGCGGCAGCAAGGACCCCACCCACCACGAAGCUUCCUCACAACAGUCAGUGUCCCUCCUGGUCUAGAAUAUUUAAGCCAGUUAGACCUGAUCAUUAUACACCAGCAGGUGGAGCUUCUGGGAGUGAUUCUUGGCACUGAGACCUCCAACAAAUAUGAGAUUAAAAAUAGUUUGGGACAAAGAAUUUACUUUGCAGUGGAAGAAAGCAUCUGUUUCAAUCGCACAUUCUGUUCCACGCUGCGGUCCUGCACCCUGAAAAUCACAGAUAACUCAGGGCGAGAAGUGAUCACAGUAAACCGGCCCUUACGGUGCAACAGCUGCUGGUGUCCUUGUUACCUACAAGAGUUAGAAAUACAAGCUCCUCCCGGUACUACAGUUGCUUAUGUUGCACAGAAGUGGCACCCCUUUCAGCCUAAAUUCACAAUCCAAAAUGCAAACAAAGAAGACAUUUUGAAAAUCGUUGGUCCUUGUGCAACAUGCGGCUGCUUCGGUGAUGUGGAUUUUGAGGUGAAAACCAUUAAUGAAAAGCUGACGGUUGGGAAGAUUUCAAAGUACUGGUCUGGAUUUGUAAACAAUGUUUUCACAAACGCUGACAACUUUGGGAUCCAUGUUCCUGCGGAUCUCGACGUGACAGUUAAAGCUGCAAUGAUCGGUGCUUGUUUUCUCUUUGACUUUAUGUUCUUUGAACACUCACUAGCUGGAUUAUGA